AUGGCAACCCAUUCCUGGAGCUCUUCUUGUCCCCUGUCCCCUCUUGAUCAAGGAGAGCUGGGACCCACUCUUCCAGCAACUGCUGUUGAGUCAACAAGCCUUGAACCCAAGGUCUACAGGGAAAUCUCCCUCAGCCAAGCAAUCUCCCUCAUCCUGGGAUUACAAAACCAAGUCCUCCGGCUCAAGCAGGAACUCAAGGAAACAAAGGAAGCAACCAAGGAAGCCCAAGACUGGAUGGGUGCAGUCAAUCAAGCCCUCACUUGCAUUGAGGCUAGGGGUGGAGCCCCCCACACACCAGAAGACCAGAAACCUCCAGCAGUCAAGGCCACGCCCAGGCCCAUAUCAAAAACCAACCCUCUACCAGCGCCUAGUGCGCCCUUCAUUGCCUGGGCCAACCCCACCAAAGCUCCCCCUACCUUUGCACAGCCAACUCCUGUCUGGGUCCCCCUGCAAGGCUAUACUCCCCCUCCAUCUUUGCCUAUCCAACUCUGUUCCCCCCAAGUCCCACAACCAGUGGCCCCUGUAGCCACGUAUCAACCCCCAGUUAAGGUAGACCACCCUGACGCCUAUAUUGGGAAGAUAGGGAACAAAGCCUGCCAGUGGCUCACAAGAAUGCUGGCAUGGGUACGCCUAAAUCAACAGAUGUUCCCCAUGGAUCAGGAGGUUCUAUCCUUCCUCCUGAUGAACAUGAAGGACGUGGCAGGGGCUUGGGCCCACCCUCAUCUUGAUCAACUUGGGUCACACAGGGCCCUAAUUCAAACGGUUGACAACUUUAGGACAGAGUUUCUGGCUGCAUUUGGUAACCCAGAUGCCACGCAAGCUGCUGAGCGGCAGAUCACCCACCUUGCUCAGACAGGUACCUGCGCUGAGUACAUUACAAAAUUCAGGACCAUUGCUAUGGACCUGGAUUGGAACAACGCCACCCUCCAAGGGCAAUUCACAUGUGGCCUCCACUGGGAGGUCAGCCACCUCAUAGCCACCCAAGAAUGGCGCCCCACCACCCUCCUUGAGCUGCAGAAUGCGGCCCUGGUCAUUGACAACGCCCUCUGCAAGGAGUGUGCCAGCCACCCGCCAAAGGGUAAUAAGUCUGGCGCCUCCAACACCACCCCCAACAGGGGGGCAAGUACUGGCCAACAGGCCACCAGACCAGGACGCCUAUCCAGCAAUCCUAACUUUGUCUCCAAGGAGGAACAAAACUGCCGCAGGGCUGAAGGCCUCUGCAUCAAAUGCAGAAAGACAGGCCACAAGUUUGCAGAAUGCCACACUGGCUGGAAAGCCAUGCCAAAAGAGGAAGGCAUCAAAAAGGAAGCCGCCAAAAUUGGCAAAGAAUCUGGACCCAAAUUGGGAAAAGACUAA